UGGCGCAUCAUGGGACAUGGUACAAGAUGGCGGUGGAGUGAGUUGCACUGUAGCCUUUUGUAAAUGUAUAUUUUCUACUCGCCGGAGUCGUUUAAAGAAAAUUUUAAUUUAAUUACAAUUGUCUGAUACGCGAAUCGGACUAAUUUAAACGACGCGCAUUUCAAUGUAAAUAUGAGUGUAAAGACGCGCAGCGACAAGGUGACACCCAACAAUUUGGAGUGGAGCUCGAGCACGUAUGGGAGAGACUGAAAAUUCAAGAGAGAUAAGAGCAAGAAUUUUUUAUCCCUUUUGCUUGAUUAUAAUUCCACGAUUCAUCAGCAAUGUUGUGGGCUUAUUGUGAGAAUAAAAGUGGAAGAUGUGGAUCGCAUUAAAGAAAGGAGAGAAAUAGAGGAAAGGAAAUAUUUUUGGUAUCCUACUGAUGAUUUCCUGACAUGAUGGAAAGUAAAUUGUAUGUGAAAAAUGAGCCGGGACUCGAAGGGCAAUCACCAGUGGUAAUGCAGGGAAAUCUUCCUCCACCUUCGCAAUCAGUACCAUCGCAGCAGGAUGAGGGACUUCUGCCACGAAUAUGUUUUGUUUGCGGCACAUUGAGUCACAAUGAGCAGUAUUGGCUGCGAGUGAAACAAGCGCCGGGUUCAGCGCCGAACGAGCCGUUUUUUCCAUUUUUGGAGACACACGAUCCGCCGGUCGGCUAUCGUGGUGAGGGUGUAAGAAGCGGCGCCAUCAAGGCCUGCAGUCUCUGUUAUACUCUAUUGCUGCAGCAAUGGGACAGUUAUGAGCGCGAUGCGAGGCCUCAUAAUCAGCGGAUCUAUUGGCUGAAGCGAUGUGACGGUGGACCGUUCACGGGGGCGGAAAUGGCCCUUCAGGGCGAAUAUGCGGCGCAAAUUCUUGGCUUGACUAAUGAGCAGACAACAGCGGCGGCAGGAGCGACUUCGGGACAACAACAGACGAGACAGGAGAGUGGUGUACGGCCUGUGGGUAUUUCACCACGUUUGCCGACAAAUUCACCAUCGCCGAGAAUUGAAACGACGAAUAGAAUUCAGCAGCAGCAGCAACAACAGCAGCAGCAGGCGAAUUCGGUGGAACUUGCGAGGCCGCAGCAACAGCAGCAGCAUUUGAAUACGAGCGAGAGUGCAGCAGCGAGACACAUUGAACAGACGAGGCUCACCAUGGAGUCGCCACAUCAGAAAUUACAAUCACCUCAUCAAAGACUGCAAAGUCCACGACAACACAAUGUUGUCGAGGAAUCGAGAAUUUCCAAUGAGGCUGCACUUGACUUGCGGCACGCACCGAGAAAUUCACCUGUACCGCAACCCACUCUACCACCUCAACCGCAAGCAAUCUACAGUUGUGGUUCUUCAUCAAGCAGUGGUACAGACAUUUUGGAUUUGUCAAUGCCUGACAAAAAUUCAGUGACCGAAGUUUGCUACGUGUGUGGAGAUGAAUUCAAAAGAGGUUCACUUAGUCACAUAGCGGCAAAGCCAUUGCCAAGCCAACCCCAUCCUUCUUCCAGUCCACCGCCAUUUUUUUCCUCGCUUAUGCUACAUCCGAGACCGAGCAGGAGUAGGCCAAUGGAUAGUGCUGGUCGUGUACAGGCCUGUUCGGCGUGUCAGAAUCAUCUUUUACAACAGUGGAAGAAUUAUAAUCGUCAGGGUGUUCCACAUAAUGAUCGCGAUUAUGCUCUACGUAAACGGCAGGCGCCAACAAUGGACACGACAACAUUUAUUUGCUACACUUGCGCUUUGGAAUAUCCUUCAUCCAGUAUUAGAUUACUCUAUUGUUGUCCGAAUCCAGAGAAAGAGGCAUAUUUUCCAUUUAUUUGUUCACUAAGGCCACCGCCUGGCGCGAGUCCCAUUAGUCCUCAGGGAAUGGUUCAAGUUUGCUCGAUUUGUUAUAAAGCCAUUCCUCAAAAGCAUCAAGUUUUUGGCGGUGAAAAUCAUGAGCCGCAAGCUGUUGUUCAAACAACCGAAUUCAGGCAACAAGGACCGUCUCCUCGACCUGCCGUUGCAAAAUCGCCGGCAAAUUCAGCGACUGGCAGCGAUAUAAGAUUUAAACCAUACGACUUAAACAAAUCAUCGAGUAAAUCGCGUACGGCAAGUGUUAAGGGUGCGAGUACAAGUCAACGGAAUUCGCCUAAUAAUGGUCCAGCAGAAAAUGGCACAGUUGCUCUCGGUCAAAAUUACAGAUGUUACAUUUGUGAGAGACUCUAUCCACGCACUCACAUGGAAUGGUUAUCAACGAGUCCGGAAGGAAUGAAUUCACAUGCGAUGCAUUUUCCAUGUUUGAGAAGUAUGGUUCGAACUUCGGAAAAUGCCUGUAUGGACAGUCAUGGAAGGGUAUUGGCGUGCAGUCAUUGCGUUAAUCAUUUGGCGCAACAGUGGGAAAAUAUGGACGCCGAAAGAGUUCCUUUAGAACGUCGAAGAUACGAUAUUCCUAGUCCUCAUCCAAAUGGCGAUGUGAGCCGCUCAAUAGCAACGCCGCCAAGUUCAAGUUCAGAGAGAACAUUCGGCAGCAAUCCUGGGACAUCGAGCAGUUCAAUUUAUUGUUUCUUGUGUGGCUUACACAGCGAUCUUACGCUCGCUCGUGUGCUGUAUGGACGACCGCAGGGACGUAAUGCGCCAUUCUUCCCCGAACUAUUACGCCAUCAAUCGCCAACAAACGCGGAACAAUUGCGCGAAGAUGGCUCGGCACUCGUUUGUACAUUUUGCUACCAUACACUAUUGGCGCAAUGGCGUCGCUAUGAAUCGUUGACUGGCUCGCAACAAGUUAAUCCACAAGACCGACAAUACAACACACACGAUUAUUGUUGUUACGUGUGUGGAAUCACAACAUACAGAAAACGAGUACGCGCACUGCCUGUUAAAGAUUUUCCAUUUUUGAGGUAUCAUCGACAGCCGGACAAGAGUUUGCUGCUGGAGAAUGGCGAUUUUGCCGUUGUUUGCCUGGAUUGCUAUGAGACAUUGAGAACGCAGAGUCUUGAAUAUGAACGAUGGGGUUUGCCUGUUGAGAAGCGUGAAUAUAAUUGGAUUGUUCAACCGCCGCCGCCUGAAGAUAGUCCUGAAGCUGCGAUCGCCAGAUUGCCGUCUGGUGAACGUUCGGAGAAAGUGGUACCGUCGACAUUAACCGUGAAGCCAGUUAGGAAAAAUUGUUCGCCAAAAGCGCCAGAGAAGAAGCCGCCUGUAAAAAUUCCAGAAAAAGAUCAAGGUUAGUGAUUUGAAUUUUUUUUCAAU